CGCGCGCGCGCGCGUGCAUGUGCGGUGAGGCGGUGAGGCGGCGCGGCGGGGAGAGCGCCGGGCGUAGUCGCUUCGAGUGGGCAGCGCGCGAAACCCGAGUCGGCUCGUUCGGGCCGCUACUCGCCGGCGAGAGAAUGAGGCGCGAAGGACUGCUGCCGCUGCUGCUGCUGCUGCUGCUGGCGCGGGCUCGGGCGGCGGAGCCCGGCUGCCGCGCCGGCAACGUCAGCCUGCCGAGAGCAACCCGCGCCGCCGACGCCGGCUACAAGUAUCUCGUGUUUCCUCAGGGGAGCAACGUGCAGCUGAUCUACUGCCUGACCAUCGGCUCGUUCGCUCGGCCGCAGAGCGUCUUCACGCUGGGCGUGACCGCGGGCCUGGCCUACGAGCUGCCCUACCGGCGCACGCUGCCGCACAGAAAGCCCGCCGAGGUCUACCACCGCAGGAACCGGCGCGACCUCUACCGCAAGCUCGAGGCCAUGCUCGACGCGCAGGGCAGACCCGGCCGCGACUGCGUACUGCGGGCCCUCUGCAGAGCCGGCGAGCGGAGCCGUCGGCGGGCCCCGCGGAGGGGCACCUUCCUCGAGGAGAUCUUGCGCGCGGUGUUCACCUUUCCCAGCCUGGAGCACGCCCGCGAGGAGAACGGCCACCACGCCGAGCUGAUGCGCCACUACGAGCGAGCCUACGACGCCCGAGACGACUGCGACCAGCGGUUCGGCGCGGAGUCCUGUCCGUGGCUGCUCUAAAUUGCGUCCGCCGGCCCAACUUGAACGUUUCGGCCCGACGGAGCUCGUCCUCGCCGGCAAUAUCUGCGGCAGCGCCGAAUCGAUAGCAGACGCGCGCGUAUCCGCGCUGUCCGGAGGCGCGACGGCGCUCCGCGUUCGUCGGCUUGUUUAACCCACUUGUGGAGUUGGCGCUAACGAAGCAAACAUAAUAAGCGCGUACAGCCCCGAUAGCCGUUUAGCCCGAAAGACCAGGGGAAAAAACAAUGGGUGCGCGAGCGAAGUCGCGCUCGGUCAAUGCUAUCAGCGCAGCGGUUGUCCGUCAGCAAACUGUGGCGCGGCGCGUAUAAUCGCGCGCAUCUCAUUCGCGUGGCGCGCGAGCGACCACCAGUCGGCGACUUCUCCCCAUCAGGGCCUGCUCGAAUUAGUCGGCGCUGCCUCUCCUGCAGCGAUCAACUUUGUAUAAUCCAAAUACAUCGGAGCGCGUCGCUUUGCAACUUUCCAAGUAGCUUACUCCGCGUUUGUGCGAGGCUUCCACGCGGCGAGCCAUCAGCUAUCAGGUUUUCCAGCUCGCGGCGCCGCGGUGCCCCGAGUCGAUUCGAGCCACCCCGAGUUCUCGCGCUUUCCCAA